GCCCAGCCCCGCGAUGCCGCCUCUCCGCGCCCCACACCUCGCCUGCCUCCUCCUCCUCCUCCUCUCCGCCCCACGGCGCUCCCACCCCACCGAGUCCUCCAGCAAGUCCUCCAGUGAGUCCUCCGCCGACUCCUCCACCGACUACACCUACACCGACGCCGAGCGCCGCCGCCCCACCGCCGUCACCACCACCGGUUCCGUCCGCGGCCUUUUGGUCCCGGCCGGCCCUCCCGAUACCUACGCCGCCGCCUUUUUGGGGAUCCCGUACGCCGUCCCCCCUUUGGGUCCCCUCCGUUUCCGUCCCCCCCUCCCCCUCCGCCAACCGUGGCCCGGCGUCCGCGACGCCGACGCUCAACCCUUCGCCUGUUACCAACCGGUAGACACCACGUUCCCCGGUUUCGCCGGUUCCGAGAUGUGGAACCCCAACCGGGAGAUGAGCGAAGAUUGCCUCUACCUCAACGUCUGGACCCCGAAACGUCGUCCCCGAGCCGCCCCGGUUUUGGUUUGGAUCUACGGCGGCGGUUUCUACAGCGGCGCCGUCUCCUUGGACGUCUACGACGGUCGUUUCUUGGCCGUCGCCGAAAGGGCGGUGGUGAUUUCUAUGAAUUACCGCGUGGGCGCCUUGGGUUUUUUGGCUUUACCGGGACAAUCGGAAGCACCCGGUAACGUCGGGUUGUUGGAUCAACGCUUGGCGUUGCGUUGGGUGAAAGACAACGCGGCGGCGUUCGGCGGAGAUCCCGACGCCGUCACGUUGUUCGGCGAAAGCGCCGGCGCCGCGUCGGUCGGGCUUCAUCUGUUGUCGGCUCGGAGCCGGCCCCUCUUUCGCCGGGCCGUCCUCCAAAGCGGGUCCCCCAACGGGCCCUGGGCUACGGUGGGAGCGGCCGAAGGGAGGAGGAGAGCGGCGUCGUUGGGUCGGGCGUUGGGUUGCCCCGAAGGGAACGGUAACGAGACGGAGCUGAUCGCUUGUUUGAGGAGGAAGGAGCCGGCGGAGCUGGUGGAAGGCGAAGCGUUGGUGUCGCCGCCGCAGAGCGUCUUCCGUUUCGCUUUCGUGCCGGUGGUGGACGGGGAUUUUUUGGUGGAUAGUCCCGAGGUGUUGUUGGCGGCGGGGGGGGGUGGUGGUGUUGGUGGUGGUCUUGGUGGUGGUGGUGUUGGUGUUGGUGGUGGUGGUGUUGGUGGUGGUCUUGGUGGUGGUGGUGGUGGUGUUGGUGGUGGUAGUGGUGGUCUUGGUGGUCUUAGUGGU